AAUUAAUCCUGAAAAACUUACGGACAUCCAAAAGAAGAUGCAGUCUUUCUUAGCUCAAGAUAAGGAGUUAAAAGACAAAGCUCAAAGGUGUUUUGUCUCCUACUUGCGUUCUGUUUACUUAAUGAAGAAUAAAGAAGUAUUUGAUGUUUUCAAAUUGCCUCUAGCAGAAUAUGCACUGUCACUUGGUCUCGCAAUGGCACCUCGUGUGAGAUUUCUUCAAAAAGUUCGGAAACAGCUGUGUGCGAAUGAGGCGGCUGAUGGGAUGGAUCACUUGGGGGAGACAGAGCAAGAUAAAAGUACCAUCUCCUCAACAAACGAUGGAGUGGAGAAAUGUGGAACUACUUUCAGUGGGAACAUGUCUGUUAGCAAAACAAAGGUAAAAGAGAGCAGGAAAGAAACUGAGGAAUGUUCUGCUUCCAGUGAAGGUGCUGAGGAGAGUGGUGAGUCUGAGGAGGAAUCAAAAGAGGUAUCUGAGGAGGAAGAGAAGGAGGAAAAAGAAGUUCCUGUACCAAGCAGGGUUCCAAACCCAGACUCCAUGCAAUUCUUUGAAGGUGAUGAUGACGAUGACGAUGAUGCCAAAGAUCCUGAUUUGCUAACAGUGAAACGACGGAAUGUUUUUGGUGUGGGAACUGAAGAUAAUUCAGCACCGUUGGAAGAGGAAUCAUCAAAAUCAAAGUUGAAGAAAAAAACAACUAAAACCCAAGAAGCAAAAAAAAUAUUGAAGAAGAAAUUCAAAGUCAACACAAAAAUAGUCUUUACUGAAGAUGGAGAGGUAAUGCAGCAGUGGCCACCUGUGCAAAAAUCCAGUUUGGCGAAAGCAGAUGAGGAAGAUGAUGCCAGCGGUAUCAACCUAGAUAAAGCAAAAGAGAUACUGCGGGAAGAAGACAAAUUUGACAAAGAAGAAUACAGGAAGAAAAUAAAGGAUAAACAUAGG